GCAGCGGGACUUUAAACACCGAAGGCAGGCAGCCGUGAUGAACUAGAGCUCCCGCCGUCGGGAGGCUGGGAGAAAACAGCCCCGCACCGUCGGAGCAGGUUCACUGUCCUCUCUCCCUGCCCGGAGCAUCACUCUGCACCGCACGGCACAGGGAGGGAGCGGAGAAACCCCAGACUAUGGGCUAUCCCGACUGAGGAAUUACGGGCUAAAAAGACUUGCUCCAUUGACUGAAUCUGAAACCAGCCUGGCCAGGCGUCCUCUGAGCACCUUCACCCUAGGGGGAUUAGGAUUACUGGAGGGGGCAAAAAUGCCUUUCACAGGGUGGAUAGCAGGGCUUCUCUUCCUUUGUGAAGUUUCCUUUGGUCUCUACUUUCCUAGGAAAGAAUAUUCUGAGAAUGUCUACAUUGAUCAACCAGCGGGCACGCCGCUACUGCACAUCCAUGCCUUGAGAGAUUCACAUGGCGAGGUGGCCCACUUUCAGCUGUGCCAACGUCUUUCUAUCUAUCGCGUUGGAUCCUAUGAAAAUCAUUGGUUUCAAAUCAGAGAAAAAACCGGGCUUCUCUACCUCAAUAAAAGCCUGGAUAGAGGAGACUUUGAUAUCCUGUUUGGAAGAAAUUGGAUGUCAUUACCAAAGGUGACAUUUCCUGUCUACCUCUCAUCCCAGCCCUUCCAAGGGAAGGAAUGUGAGACCUCAACUUCUGCCGUGGUGCAUCUCUUCAUCAUCAAUGCAACUGCACCAGCUUGCAAUGCUCUGACACCAAGGGAGCUUUGUUUCUCCGAAAUGGAUCUCUCCUUUCACAUCAAGGAGAAUAAACCCCCUGGCACAUUUCAUCAGCUUCAAUUACCCUCAAUACAUCACCUGUGCCAGAAUGUCACCAUUUCCUACAAAUUACUGGCAGGUAAAACUGGAGUUGACACGCUGCCUUUCCGCUACAAUGAGAACACCACGAGGGUGAGCGUCACGCAGCGUUUGGAUCGGGAGGAAAGAGAGAGGUACGAGCUGAUCGCCAAGUGUACCGUGAGGGAGCGCUCUAAGGAGAUGCAGGUCGAGGUGCCCUUCCUGGUGAGCGUGUUAGACGAAGAUGAUUCUGCUCCCUUCCUGCCCAAUGGCACUAGUACGACGGAUGCGGUCGUGGAGUUCAACCGAAAAGAGGGAACUGUCUUAGCCACACUGACUGUCUGUGAUGCAGACACCACACCUAUUUUCCCCAUUGAAAGCAGCAGAAAAAAGUACACAGGCACCAUCAGUACAACAGAUCCGUGGGUUAGCGAAACAUUUCGGGUGGAUCACAUCUUCCACGAGAUCUAUUUCAGCCCCAAUGGCAGCCAAGUGAGGGGAACCCUGCAUGAAUACAAACUGAUGCUGAAUAAAAAUAUUUCAGUCACAGAGAACCGAUCCUUCCAGUUGGAUGUUCUGGUGAAUGACACAGAGUUUCAUGGCCCUGAAAGAACUGUAAUGCUCCACUUCAAUGUCUCCAUUCUUCCCGUCAGCAUUCAGUUCCCUAAUGUGACUUACCAGUUCACAGUGAACAGAAACGCUGAACGUUUUGCACAUAUAGGUAAAAUCUGCAUUGAAAACUGCAUGAAGUUCUGUGGCGUAAACAUCACCUACAGGUUGCUGCCCUCCAAUGCCAGUUGCUAUGCUGUUGGGAUACUUCAGGGCCGGGAGGACAAGUAUGGAAGCCUCUAUGUGAAUGACUCUUCUGUACUACACAGACCUGAAUGCAAAGAAGUACAAUACACGGUUGUUGCCUCAGACAAGCAAAGUAAGAAGCAUGCCAAAACCCAGCUCACUGUUACUCUGGAGGGAACAAUUGUAAAGAAAGAAGAGGACUGCCCUGAAUCUUGUGCAGUUAAUAAGCAUCGGGCCGAAUGUGAAGAAUGUGGAGGUGUCGGCGUGCUAACAGGAAAAUGCCAGUGGAGACAGGGAAGUGGAAAAGGAAUCACCACAAAUUAUUCUACCUGCACCCCAAGCAUCAGGACUUGUCCAGAUGGCACCUGUGAUGUUUUAGAGAGCAAAGAUCCAUCGGUGUGCCCUCAAGAUUGCACAACUGGAAACAUCAUUGGUGGGCAUGAGAGAGGCAUUCACGGAAUUAAGUCAGGACAUGGGAUUUGUUACUGCUUCCCGAGACAUAACUGCUACUGCGAGAAAGAUGAUAUUAAGGAACCACUGUGUGAUGACGUAUGCAAGACCGUGAUUGCAGGAGCAGUUCUGCUCUCCUUCAUUAUCUCAGUGCUGCUCUCUUCUUAUUUCAUCCACCGUUACCACAAGAAUUCUCCAAAGCCACCAAUUGCCUCAGCCGAGAUGACCUUUCGGCGCCCAGCUCAGUCCUACCCCAUCAGUUACUCUUCUACAAAUGUUCGUCGGCCAUCUCUGGACUCGAUGGAGAACCAGGUGCCUGUGGACACCUUUAAAAUACCCGAAGACCCCAAAUGGGAAUUCCCCCGGAAGAAUCUGGUUCUAGGCAAGACACUAGGAGAAGGAGAAUUCGGGAAGGUUGUCAAGGCAACAGCGUUCAGACUCAAGGGGAAAGCAGGCUACACCACGGUGGCCGUGAAAAUGCUAAAAGAAAAUGCUUCCCAGAGUGAGCUGCGAGAUCUGCUGUCAGAAUUCAACCUCUUGAAACAGGUUAACCACCCUCAUGUCAUCAAACUGUAUGGAGCAUGCAGUCAGGAUGGACCUCUGUAUUUAAUUGUGGAAUAUGCAAAAUAUGGUUCCUUGCGCAGUUUUCUCAGGGAAAGUCGCAAAGUAGGACCUAGCUAUGUGGGCAGUGACACCAACAGAAACUCAAGCUACUUGGACAACCCAGAUGAGAGAGCAUUGACAAUGGGAGAUCUGAUUUCAUUUGCAUGGCAGAUAUCUCGGGGGAUGCAGUACCUGGCAGAAAUGAAGCUUGUUCAUCGUGAUUUAGCAGCCAGAAACGUACUGGUGGCAGAAGGACGCAAAAUGAAGAUUUCUGAUUUUGGCUUGUCCCGAGAUGUUUAUGAAGAGGAUUCCUAUGUCAAGAGAAGCAAGGGUCGAAUACCUGUUAAAUGGAUGGCAAUAGAAUCCCUAUUUGAUCAUAUCUAUACAACACAAAGUGAUGUCUGGUCAUUUGGAGUUCUGCUAUGGGAGAUUGUAACCCUGGGAGGAAACCCAUAUCCUGGAAUUGCUCCUGAAAGACUCUUUAACCUCCUUAAAUCCAGCUAUCGAAUGGAGAGACCUGAAAACUGUAGUGAAGAAAUGUAUAACUUGAUGCUGCGAUGUUGGAAACAGGAACCAGAUAAGAGACCAACAUUUGCUGAUAUCAGCAAAGAACUGGAGAAAAUGAUGGUGAAAAGUAGGGACUACUUAGAUCUUGCAGCUUCUACGCCUUCUGACUCCUUACUUUAUGAUGACGGGCUCUCAGAAGAGGAGACACCCCUCGUGGACUGUAAUAAUGCUCCCCUCCCUCGAACCCUUCCUUCCACAUGGAUUGAAAACAAACUCUAUGGCAUGUCAUACCCGAACUGGCCUGAGGAGAGCCCCGUUCCACUCACAAGAUUCGAUGGCACUAACUCUGUGUUUUCAAGAUAUGCAAAUGAUAGUGUAUAUGCUAACUGGAUGGUUUCACCCUCAGCGGCAAAAUUUAUGGACAAGUUUGAUAGUUAAAAAUUUGUUUGUGACAGGUAAUGGACCCAUGAGUGGAGCAAACAUACAAAGAAUGGAAAGUCCCUUGGCUCGUUCUUUGCACAAUUAAACCUGGUUAAACCAACAUUAAUUUCUCAAAUGGCAAACUCUCUUUUGGUAGUUUCUUAAGUGGUUUUACACACGAUCAAGACUCUAAUUGAUAAUUUCCCCUUUCAGGAAACAUAUCAAACUGGAUAAAAGUUGUAGUUCCGGUACUUACUUUUUAGUCCACCAUUCCGCACACUGUCCAGUUUAGUAACUGUUUAUUGCAAAUGGCCAUGCACUUCAUACUUACAAUUUUUUAGGUCAGCUGUCCUGAAACACAGCUUUCUUGGGUUGGAAAAUACGUUGGACUUGAACUGCUACUUUUCCAGUUAUUAAUAAAAGGCCACUUGAUCUAAGCAUGAAGCACAAACAGUAUAUGUAAGGGGAAAACAUUUGGCUCAAAAUAACGGAGCUUGCUAUAGAAUCCAAAGUGUUACCAAAAUGUUGGCAAUAAUGAAGCCUGUAUUU